AUACGGAUUAAUAGAUGUCUAUCAAGAUUCGUAUUCGCAAUUCGUAAAAUAAUUUCUGCAACCUUCAAAUGUCAACGGUGACUUAUUUCUAUUGUUAUUCAUUACGGAACACGCGAUUGCUAGAAACUAAAACAUACUGUGUAUGACUUAUAACAUCGCAAAGUCCAGAAGAUUGUUUUCUUGUCUUUCUGUAGCGAUUCUUCAAAAACUUCGGACUAUUUUGUGUUUCGUUCAGUGUUUGUGUGCGGUAAAUGAAUAGUUUGUGGACAAAAUUGGAUCGUAUCUAUUCGAGGAUGUUCAGAUCCAUGCAGUGGUGCCGGUUUCCGCGAGGAAAGUGUACAUGUACGCAUGGGGUUGGUUAUGCGCGUUUGCAUGAAGCCAUGGAAGAAGGAUGGGCUGAAGUGCAACCCGAGGAGGAAGACGCUGCUGGCCCAAGCGGGGAAAGAGCGGAGGAACUCCAAUUUUUCAACGACAACGAAAGCUCUCAGUCUGUAGUGGUCGAGAGGAAUCUCUGUGCUAGCGAUCUGUGCCAACUUCUAGCAGUGAAAAAUCGGGUUUCGAAAAGUGUACAUUGGAGUAUCAUCGAAUAUUGGACUGAUCUGGGAUUGGGCGAGAUGGGCGUCCUACUCGAUCUCCAAGUAACGUGGGCAUUCUACCCAACCUCCAAGCAAAAUAGGCGUUCUACUCAAACACCAAGCGAAAUGGGCAUUCUACUCGAACUCCAAGCGAGAUGA